UAAAUUCGUUGGCAUUGCAAAUUCGGUGCCAUUCGUCGGCACAUUGUCAAACCUUUCUCUUCGCAGUCGCAAUUGGAGCUUAGCUUUGUGUUUUCAGAUAUUCUGAUUUUAUUUGUAAAAAAAAGUCAGUUGAAAAGACGAGAAAGAAGCAGAGACGCAGCAGCUGAAGCAGUCGCAGCAGUCGCAGUCUCCGUCGCAGUCACAGUCGCAGUCGGAGUGGACAAUAAUAAAAGGCUAUAAUUUUAUGAAUGUACAUUGUACAAAUCGGAUGUGUGUCGGUCUGUGAGAGUGUGUGUCGAGUGUGUGUUCAUUCAUUGAAAAAAGCGAGGCAACAACAAUAAAAAAAAAAUGCAAUCGCCAGCGUCGCAGUCGCAGUAGGCGACGACUGAGGCAGCAACAUCAGUAGCAGCAGCAGCAGCAGCAGCAUCCACAAAAGAGAUCAUUUCAUAUGCGAAUCGAAACUCGAAGAGCGCGCAUCAAAAUCAAAUUCAAACGAAAGGCGAAAGAAUAACGAACUAAAUCAAAAAAAAAACUUAAAAAGAACCUAAAAAAGAAUUCUUCGAAUAAGAGGCGAUUCUUUACGGUAAUUGAAAUAAAAUUAAAGCCAGUGCAAAAAAAGUAAAAAACACACAGGCGAUAAAAAAGAAAUUAUGCUCCAUUGUGCGAUCGUGUGAGAGCGAGAGGUCAAGUGCCCAAGGGAGCUGUAGGAAGAGCUGGAGCUGGAGCUGGAGAGGAGCGCCACCGCUAGACAAACGAAUGAACUCAUAAAAGGGCUCUAAAAAGACAGCCAAGAAGCAGCAGAUGACCGCAAGACUACCGUUAAUUCGAACAGCUUCUGCGGUAAUGCGACUAUUUAUGCUCUAAACUCUACUCUGCUCUAAAGAAAAAAAACUUUCUUCCGAUUCGUCGUGUAUCUAGUGAACUUGACUCUAUCUUCGUCACUUUGCUACUAUUUCAAUUGUUAACGAGCGAAAGCGCCGCAGUCACGCACAAAAGCAGCAGCGGCAUCAGUAGCAGAAGCAACAACACCAGCAGCAGCAGCAGCCAGAUCAGCAGCAGCAACAGCAACAGCAGGAAAGUGCAGCCGACAGUGAAAAUGUACCAGUCCCAGCCCCAAAGACAUCGGUCCCAGCCCCCGGCUAAUGCCCAAAGCCCCAGCCCCAGCCCCAGCCCCAUCCCCAGCUCCAGUCCCAGCGCCAGCCACCGACAGACUCUAAGCCAGGCCAAGAUCAAGACCCACAGCCGCAGUCUCAGCCUCCAGAGCAAGCGCCAGCUGUUUGGCGCUUUGCUGGCCAUUUUCAUGUUGGCGGCGUCAACCACUUGUGGCGCCGUUACAGACUCGCCUAUCAAGAUCAUUCGACUGCCGGCGCAGGCGCCCGUGAUUCGUUACCGGAGUGCCGACGCUGCUCCGGACUCGCUGCUGAUCAACUACCGUCAGGAUGCCCAACCGGAGCUGUCCUCCACCCUGAUGCAGGCUCCCGGAGCUGCGGCAGCCGCUCUGGAGUCUCUGCUGCGGGAGGAGACGGAGCAACAGCAGGCGCAGAUGGGUCGAAGGAAUCGGGCCAGCAGCUCCACCACUGGCAACUGUCCGCGAUCCUGUCCGCCGAGUAUCACCGUGGGAGCAGAGCCCGUUUGCGGUAGCGAUGGCCUAAUCUACGCCAAUCUCUGCGAGCUGCGCAAGAAGACCUGCUCCCGCAGCGGAGUGUCCCUGAUCAAGGACGUGCGCGAUGGCUGCGAACGGUCGAAGGGCUCCGAUUGCAAGCACCGUUGCAGCACGGAGAAGGAUCCGGUGUGUGGCACAGACGGACGCACCUAUCUCAACCGCUGUAUGCUGAGGGUCCAGUCCUGUCGGGUCGGACUGGCUGCCGUGAAGCUGUCGCACGUGGGUCCCUGCAGCAACACGAGUGCUGUCCGAGAGUCCUGCCCAGUGGACUGCAACAGUGCCCCGAAAGAUGGCCCCAUCUGCGCUUCAGACGGCAAUGUCUACAACUCCACCUGCGAAAUGAAGCUCCACACCUGUGGGCAGGGAGUGGUGAAGACCAGUCGGAAGCACUGCCAGUCGACAAGGAUGUGUCGGGAGUCCUGCUGGCGGGUGGCUCGUCCCACUUGCGGUUCCGAUGGCAGGCUGUACGCUAGUCCCUGCAAGAUGCGCUCCUCCAAUUGCGGCAAGCACGUCUUUGAGGUACCACUGUCCUUCUGCAUGCCCCAGGAACGCCAUGGAAGCGCGGCCGAUGCCUGUCCCACUGAAUGCCCCAAAGUUGAGGCAGAUGCUCCUUCCCAAUACAUCUGUGGCAGCGAUGGAAAUAUCUACUCCUCGCUCUGUGAACUCAAGAUGCUGAAUUGCGGACCCCAAAGAAAGUCGAUCCAGAAGAUGAGCAUGGACAAGUGCAAGAACCGGCUAAGUCGCUGCAAGCAGCUCCCCCCCUGCAAGGACUUCAACAACCUCUUUGGCUCCAUUUUCAGUUCGAAAAGAAAUGACAAGCUCUGUGGCACGGAUGCCAAGACCUACAACAAUGAGUGUGAGCUGGCCCAUGCCACAUGCCUGAGAGGCGUGAACCUGGCCCACAUUGGACCCUGUACGGAUCUGAACUCACCCACCAAGGACUGCGGGGAUGCCUGCACUCGGGCCGAUUUGGAGCAGCAACCUGUGUGCGGAUCGGAUGGCAAUACUUUCGCCUCGAUGUGCGAAUUCAAGCGACGAACCUGCAGUCUUCGAGUGGUUCCCGUCUCCCUGAAAAACUGCGCCCUGACCGCUGACUGUGAAUCGGAUUGCGAUGCCCAGCCGCCGAAUUUCGUGUGUGGAUCGGAUAACAAUCUGUACAAAUCCGAGUGCCACAUGCGAAAGGAGAACUGUGGCAAGCAUGUGUUCGUUGUGCCACUGAAACGCUGCCUGGCCGCUUUCCAGCUGAAGGGGUGUGCCCGCAUCUGUCCCAGGGAAUUCGAGCCCGUGUGCGGCAGUGAUAACAAAACGUAUUUGAACGACUGCUUCCUGGAGAUUGAGAACUGCAGAGCCAACCAGACGGUGAACAUCAACUAUUACGGCGCCUGUGGACGCCCCGAGGCACCAUCGACUAAUUUCCUUUACUAAGGAGUGAGCUUGUGGCUUCCACAUUUCACUUGGCAUUUAAUAUUUUUAGGCUAUAGUCUUGUAUUGUAUUUUUUUAAAAGCGAUAUUUAUUGAGUUUGAAUUAAAGCCCCCCAACGAACUUAAAA